AUGGCAGCUGCUCGAGCUGACCACCCUGUGUACGGUACUAGUACCAACCACUGGUAUAGCUUGCGAGCUUCUCAGCUCAAGGUGCUCGUCAGCUCCACUGGCGCCGAGCUGAAAUUGACCAAGUACGCCGGUGUCACCAUCGCCAAUCAGGUGGCGGUGUACACUGGACGUACGCUAAAGCUUGCUCCCUCGCCGGGACAGCUCGCCAUUUCGGUUGCUGCUCCCUUCGUGUUCUCCAGCUCCUUCGGGACACCGCGACGCUGUCUUCUUGGGAGCCGCUGCCUGCCUAUGCUGCCGGGGAUGGCCAAGCUGCUGCUGCAGCUAAAGGCCGCCGCGGUGUCGGCGUACAGGAGGAACGGCAACCGACGGCGCCACCCCGUCUCGCCCCUGCCCUCUCGCCACCCGUCCGCCGCCGGAGCCGGCAGAUUCGGCCCCUGCUUCGUCGCGGGCCUUCUUGCCCUCGCCGCCGCCGCCACCCUCACGCUCGGCCUCGCCCUCCACCGCGCCGACCCCGACGCCGACGCCCCCGCCUCGUCACGCGGCGCCGGCGACGGCAGCGGCUACGCCGUGGUGAUCAACACGUGGAAGCGCUACGACCUCAUGAAGAGGGCCGUCGCGCACUACUCCGGCUGCGCCGGCGUCGACGCCGUCCACGUCGUGUGGAGCGAGCCGCAGGAUCCGCCCGAGGCCCUGCGCCAGAGCGUCCUCAACUGCAGCCGCCUGCUCAGGGACGGCGCCGCCGCGGAGGUGCGAUUCGUGGUCAACAAGCAGGACAGCCUCAACAACAGGUUCAGGCCGAUCCCGGAGCUCAGGACGGACGCCGUCUUCUCCGUCGACGACGACCUCAUCGUGCCGUGCUCCACGCUGCGCUUCGCCUUCAACGUCUGGCGGAGCGCGCCCUCUGCCAUGGUGGGCUUCGUGCCUCGGAUUCACUGGCUUGCUCACCCGGGAAGCAAUACAAAGGAAUACCGAUAUGCAAGCUGGUGGUCAGUCUGGAGGACAGGGACGUAUAGCAUGGUUCUUUCCAAAGCAAGUUUUUUCCAUAGGAAGUACUUGGAUUUGUAUACCAACCAGAUGCCACCGUCUAUUCGCGAUUACGUGACAAAGAACAGGAAUUGUGAGGAUAUCGCUAUGUCUUUUCUUGUCGCAAAUGUAACUGGAGCUCCACCAAUAUGGGUCAAAGGAAGGAUAUUUGAGAUCGGAUCUACCGGCAUCAGCAGUUCAAAAGGCCAUAUUUUGCAGAGAUCAAGAUGUCUCAGUGAAUUUUCUUCCAUGUAUGGCCAUAUGCCACUGGUAGCGACUACAGUCAAGGCUGUGGAUGGCCGAAGUAGCUGGCUUUGGUGAUACGGUUUGCAAUCCGGUAUUGGCGCUCUUUUUACCAUCCCUUAGGUGCUGCCUAGCACACAUUGUCAGGCUAGUGUACUUGUGCAUAGUUCAUCAGCUCCUAAGAACACAGGUUGUGAUUAUACACGGGGAAUACAAGAUUUAUAGUGCACACUGCAGAAAUAUGGCUCCUUGUAAAUUAUGUGCAGGAUGGAAAGCUGAAACUGUUUGAGCCACUCCUUUUG